AUGGCUAGAGCAAUCCCUGAAGUAUUCAAGAACGCCAUACACAGAAAUUGCCUUUUCCAUAUUGUAAAGAAAGCAGAAGAGAAGCAUCCAAGAAGUUUUGGAAAAAUACCUAAUCUGCAUAAUGAAUUCAAAGACACUAUCCAUUUCUCUUUGACAGUGGCUGAGUUUGAAUCUUCAUGGCAAGAAAUGAUACAAAAAUAUGAAGUCAGCAACCUUAAGUACUUGAAAACAAUGUGGGCGAAUAGGAAGAAGUUUGUACCUGUAUACUUCAAGAAUGACUUCUUCCCCUUCAUCCACAGUACAGCUAGGAGUGAAGGCACUAAUGCUGUUUUCAAAGACAAUGUUGGAUCAACAUACAGUGUCAGUAGCUUUUUGAGUGAGUAUGAUAAGAUAGCAGAUAAUAUUGAACAAAAUGAGAUAUAUGAAGAUUCCAUCACUAGGACAACAACACCUACUUAUUGGUGUGGAAAUGACAUGGAAGUGCAUGCCGGUAAAAUGUACAAUAGGAAGAUAUUUUAUAGGUUUCAGAAGCAGCUGAAAUUUACUUCCUAUCUACAUGUACAAGAGGUUGAGACAAACAAGAAAUUUGAAGUAUACAAAUCUGGCCUGGCUGCAACAAGAGAUUACAGGACAAGGAGAUAUCUAGUUAUUGUUGAUUUAACAAGUGAAGAUUUCAACUGCAUUUGUUCCAAGUUCAACAAGGAUGGAAUUUUAUGUUCUCAUGUUCUCAAGGUUCUUAUCCAUUUAAACAUUGUGCAAAUUCCAGACAAAUAUUUCAUAGCUAGAUGGAAGCCGAGAGAGAAAAAAGAUAUAAGGGAUUUGAGAUACAAUGUACCUUUGGAGAUGACAGGAGAUUGCAUCCAACUGAGAUUUAAUGUGCUAUCCAAGGUUUGUAUGAAUGUAGCAUCUGAUGGGUCAAAAAGUAAUGAGAAGUACCUGUUUUUCACUCAAGAGGUUAAGAAGAUAGCAGAGAAACUUGAUGCAAUGACACUGGCUGAAGACAAAGCAAAAAAACUAGAUCCGAAAGAUAAAAGUAACGAGCAAGUUGGAGAUGUUGGUUAUGCUGAAACUGAAUAUGGUUACUUAAAUGACCCAAAGGUUGUAAAGUCUAAGGGAAGGCCAACUAUUUCAGCAAAGCAAAAGGUAGAUGGAAGGUACAGGACAUUUGCAGAGCAGUUCUUGUCGAAGCAACAAAUUACAUGCAGCCACUGUGGGUCACAUUACCAUAAUAUUCAGACAUGUGGAAAUUUACACUUGGAUUCAUCAUUGUUUGCAAACAACAAGCAGCCGAAAAGGAAGAAGAAGAAUACAGAUGAAAGUAGCAACAAGGCAAAGAAGACAAGAGAGAAGUGA